AUGGAGGGCGGGCGGUUCCUCGAUCCAAGCGUGCCGCACAUGGUUAUCGUCAGUAUCAGUGGAGCUGAAGCUGUGGUAUUCUAAAAGACGGAUAGAGAAAAAAUAGGAUAACAUGUCGCAGGACACUUUUACUUUUUUGCGCUUUUGAGGAUUUCAAGGUAGUCACUUGUCUCCUAUAUCACUUUCUUGCCGAUACAUAGACUGACUGAGAAGUUCCAUCCUCAUGACUUUCAAAUUCAAAUUCAAGUCUCUCAAAAACAUCGAAAUCCAGCGAACGGGAUGGCGCAAAAGCAGUGGAGGGCGAACGGUCUUCGAUCAUCAGCAAGUGUUGCGAUUCUCUAUGGCGCACUUGCAGCAGCAUGCAGGACCUAGGAUGGUCCGAGUGGAGCUUUUUUCGAUGGUUUUGCCUGGGCCAGCAAGGCGUGCAGGAGAGGCCUCGUUUCCCCUGGUCGAUCUACAACCAGGUUUAUGAUUGACAUAGCCCUCGGAGGAAUUUGAAAUCUUGAUGUGAGUGUGAGACUAUUUUCAUCAUAAUCGCUGCUCGUGGCCCCUGAAUCAUGGUUGGAAACAACACUUAUCUAUAGAUACUAGUUGUAAGCAGGAGGAGGCGACUUCAUAGUUAAAUCAAAAACUUUUUCUUGAAGUACUUACAUACAUAGAAGUUUUAGCAGUUGGAGUUGCAUUCCACCUUUUUCUCGACUUGUGUCAAUUGCACUUACAACUACUGGGUUUCUUCUCUAAUCAAAGUACCGAA